GCGAGCGCUUUAAGGUGACGUCACUUGCCGGAUGUUGUGGUCGAAGCUCCAGGAACAGCUGAGCGACAGAAAACAAAAGGGAGAGCAGAGCAGAGCAGGCAGCGCGGGUGCGAGACGGACGGACGGACGGACGGACGGACAAACAGGCUGACUGACUUGACCAAGCGGAGACUAGAACGCGGUCCGCCAGAGAAAGCACGAUCUCCAGCGAGGACGAGAGCGCAGCGCGAGAGUUCAACGAAAAAAAUCCUGCGGGAGGAAAACGCAACGCACUCCGUGACAGACUUCACACAAGACCGAGCCAAGCCGCUGUUCACUGCCUUCAGGCCUUCCACGUGCUUCUUUGCUGGACGAUGGGACGCAUUUUCUUGGACCAUAUUGGUGGCACUCGACUGUUUUCCUGUGCCAACUGUGAUACCAUUCUGACCAAUCGCUCGGAGCUCAUCUCGACUCGCUUUACGGGGGCUACUGGGAGAGCCUUCCUCUUCAACAAGGUGGUGAACCUUCAGUACAGCGAAGUCCAAGACCGCGUCAUGCUGACCGGGAGACACAUGGUGAGGGACGUCAGCUGCAAGAACUGCAACAGCAAGCUGGGCUGGAUCUACGAGUUCGCCACGGAGGACAGCCAGCGCUACAAGGAGGGCCGCGUCAUCCUGGAGAGGGCGCUGGUGAGGGAGAGCGAGGGCUUCGAGGAGCACGUGCCCUCGGACAACUCCUGAGCGCGCUGAGGGGCGGGGCCAGUAGGACACACUCCCAUACAUCCCUCCAGGCAUGCGCACUCUCUCUCUUUCUGUCUCUCACUCACUCACUCACUCUCUCUCACACACACUCUACACACCGUCCGACCCUCUGCAGCAGACAGACAGCCAGCCAGCCAACCAACCAACCGAGCAGCGGCCCCCCAGAUUACAGCAAGCCUUCUCUCUUCAUCCUGCGUGCCGUCGCGUCGCCUUUUGUGUAGCAGUUGUCGUCUUCUAUCGCUGAGAGAGAAAUCUGGAAAACGAGAGCUGAUCUUCAAGGACGAAUGCCGCCUGUGUUCGCGUGCUGCGCCCAUCACCUUCAUGUUGUUGGGGAGAUGGACGCAUGCGCUCCUCCCUCCACCGAAGAGCACAAAUCUGAACCGACCGACUGCUGAGGACGUCCCGCAGAGACCGAUUGAUGGAGCUAACCGAGGGUGGCCGGAGGACAUGCGGAGCAGAAGGCGCCCCUCGCUUUAGAUUUUGUGCUUUUGUGAAACGUCGCUAAUGAACGCGGGGGAGCGCGUGGGACGUCCUGCCAGCUUUGACGAUGCCGGGUGGGUGGGUCCUGAAAACCCUUCAUCAUCCUCAUGUCUUUGGUGAGGGAUUCUAGUAAACGGAAUUCUUGUAGCAGCAGCAGCAGAGCUGCUCGAUGGAAACCACACGGCGGGCUGGCAGGCUUAGCGCACUUCGUCGCGAGUUUCAGCCAUCUUUGUCUUUUGGUUUUUAUUUCGCGUAGUUCGUAGCUUCUGUAGUUGGCUGAUGAUGGGGAAACUGGGCGAAAUGCGGGAUGUUUAGUCAGCAAAUGAUCGUAGGUUUGAAUGUUUUUGUUUCUUCUGUAGUUGUUAAUUGAACAAUAAAGUGAGACUUGCUGUCCACCCUGACAAAGA